CCGUAACCCCUGAUGUUUACAAAUGAAAUUCAAGAAAAUCGUAUUGAAGUGAAGCAGUAGGUUACGAAGUUUCUUGUCAUCACUUGACUCAUCAUAAUGGUGAAAGCAAGAAUUUGGACUUUAGCCAAACAGCCAGUUGGUGUACCCAGGAAUGAAGACUUUUCCUGCAUUGAAGAAGAAGUUUCUGAGUGUAAGAAUGGAGAUGUAAUCGUUGAGGCAGAAUACUUGAGUGUUGACCCUUACAUGUGUUUCAUGACCAAGAAAGUCCCUUUUGGAGCUCCUAUGAUAGGCACUCAAGUUUCACGGGUUAUUGAAAGUAAGAAUCCAGCCUUGCCUGUGGGCAGCUAUGUAGUUGCACAGGCAGGUUGGUGCACACAUGCUCGUUUAACUGCUAAGAGUUUUGAAAUUGACAAUUGGUUCAAACGGUUCCGAAAUCUGAUUGCUUUGGAGCCUCUUCCAAGGAGUCUUGGUCUAGGAGUCAUAGGCAUGCCAGGAAAUACAGCCUAUUUUGGAUUGCUCAAGGUAUGCAAACCUAAGGCAGGGGAGACAGUGCUUGUAAAUGCUGCGGCUGGAGCUGUUGGCAGUACAGUGGUGCAGAUUGCAAAAUUGAAAGGCUGCAAAGUGAUUGCCUUCGCAGGAUCGGAUGAGAAGGUGGCCUGGCUAAAGGAACUUGGAGCUGAUCAUGCUUACAAUUAUAAAACAAGCUGCAUUACAGACUGCCUCUCCCAGGCAGCACCUGAAAAGUUAAACUGCUAUUUUGAUAAUGUUGGUGGAAAAUUUACUGCAGAAGUACUCCCUCACAUGGCUGAUUAUGGGAGAGUGGCAGUGUGUGGGUCAAUUUCAAACUACACUGAUGAUCAUGACACAGAUCCAUACUGUGAUCCUGUUGUGAAAACUAAGAAACUUCACAUUGAAGGUCUCAGUGUCAACCGUUGGUCAGACUGGACUCAAGGGUUAGAACAGAUGAAGGAGUGGGUUCUGCAGGGAAAAAUUAAGUAUAGAGAGACAGUGUAUGAUGGAUUUGAGAAAAUGCCUGAAGCAUUCAUUGGUCUUUUCUCUGGGGAUAACAUUGGCAAAGCUGUUGUGAAGGCAUGAGGAGUAGUUUUCCUUUUGACACUGCAUGUGUUGAUCUAUAUAUUUUUUUUCUGAGGAUUGAUGUACGCUUUUAUUUUCUUUAUUUUAAUAUUUCAGAUAAAAGAUAGGGAAGUUUGUUACAGACAAAUCAUUUUCAUUCAGUCAUACUGUUUUAGAAGGCUGUAUACAAUGCAGAUGCUUUAUAUUUGAUUAUUCCCCAAAACAAAAUUUGAUGUUCACACACUCGUGCUGUGCUCAGAACUGCUUGUCCUUCUUAGACGGAUGAACAAACUAGUCAGAGAAAACAGUUGGGACUAUGUUCAACUUAUGCAGACAAGUUGUCAAAUUUGACCUUGAUAGAGCAUAUCACAUUUAUUGAGUGUAGUUUAUUUGUAAGCAAAGAAGAAAGUGAAUGUUACCAAAUAAUGACUUGUGUGAUUAAACUUGUCAAAUAAUUACCAUUCAAUUGGCUGAACAGUUUAUCAUUUUAUCUUCUUGUAGUUUAUAUAUGUGAAAACACAUAUGCAUUACAAUGACCUCUAUGUUAAGCCUUUCUUGGCUUGUAAUAGUUAAUUUGGGUAGGUCUAUAGCUAUUUUCAUCCUGGAAUUCCACAUUAAGAUACAAUUACAUAAAAAUUAGACUAUGGUAUGAACCAUGUUUGUUUACUUGCUGAGCAUUGUGGGGGACAACUGCAUGAAGGCUUUGAACAUGAAAAACUAGUCCCUCUGAGUUGCAAAGUCAUGCAUCCAAACUGGACAAGCAGUUCUGAAUGUAGCAUUAUUGACUUGUUAAAUGAUGUAUAUAGGUGCCAUAUAGAAUUGUUUAUUUCUAGUCAUAAUGAAAGCUAAUCAUUGUCCUACAUUUUCAUUUUUUAGACUGAAAAGUGCCCUAAUGAGUGCAGUAUAUGAGACUGAUGCAUGUUCCGUGAUACCAAAGACUCCCCAAAGUAGAAUUUCUAGCACACAGAUGAUCUGUUUUUACUGGAUGUAUAGUUACAGAGAUUUUUCUGUUAAUCUCACUAGUUUUAAGUUAUAGAAACUUGUUCAAAUCAAGGACAUUACUCCUCUAAUUGUUAUCCCUCUAUUCCCUCAAGUUGUAGUUUUAAUUAAUGAACUGGAUAUGUUUCCUUGUUGCCUUACAGACUCACAGAAGGAAUGGAUUUGUUAGGGCACUCUUAGUGUAAAUUAUUAAAGAUCACAUUUAUGACAGAGUGAAGGGUAGUGCAAGCACUUUACUAUCAUGGUACGCCCCACCCCCUGCUAAUCACAGGAAUAUUAGUGUCUGGCAAUAGUGAAAUGGAGCCACCCUCGUGAAAGGUCUGUGUUACCAAUGAAUUCCUAUAUAUUAAGGAAUGAAGUUAAUGCCUCAGAAUUUUGACUACUUCACUUUAGCGAAAUUACAGUAGUACCAUCUGAGAAUUAUGGAACUAAAUUAUUGAAUCAUAAUAAAACAAUUAGAAAUAGACAAACAAACCAGCAGCACGAGUGUCAUGAGCUGUUUGUAUUAUUAUAGUUCUUUCUGUAAUCAUUUGCUACAGUGAUGUCCUGUGUGGUCUACACUAAAAUUAUAGACAUUUUGUUUGGUGUUUUCUCUUUUUUUUCUUUUCUCUGAAAUUAUGUAUGAAUAAAAAAAUACAUGAGUUUAAUGUUAAUCAAGUUGAUAAGGAUAUCAACUAAAGAAUGAGUUUGUAAAGUUGUAGGCCGAACAGUAGUACUACAAGCAGAACUGGCUGUGAACUAGAAGAAAUAUGGUGUAAUUGUGCCUGUGAGAAAUUAAGAUAAUUUAAGUCUAAGUAAUGGUGGCUGUGAUAAUCUUAAUUGGAUAAAGGAAAGAAGAUCCUUGAUCUCUGCAUUAUAGUUAAGUAAUAUUAACCCAUUGACACUGAGGUGGCAUGGCAUGGCUUACAUGUCAUUCACUGAGAUUUUAGUUCAUUAAUUGUGUUUACAUAUAGAUGGCUCUGCAACUCCUUAGUCACCAGGAGUUGACUACUAGUUCUACCUAUUUCACUUGUUUUAUCCUUUUCUGUGGUUUUAGGAAAGAUUCUUUUAUUAUUAUUUAUUACUAUUAGCAUUUCAUCAGAUACAUUUUAGUAAUCAUAAUGUCAAUAAUAGUAUUACUAGUAUUAAUAUUAAUAGCAUUAGAUUUUUUCCCCUAAAUUCUUGGAAGGGGAGAUGAAGUGAGAUCACAAAGGGCCUACUAAUUGACUCCUUGAUGGCUGAGCACUUGUGAAGCCAUCUGCAUGCAAACAAAAUGCACAAAACAAAACUACAGUGCAAGAUACAUAUGGGUUAAUAGUUAGAAAAUUCAUAAUUAAAAUAAGAUAAAAGCUGUGAUUAUAGAGAAGUUGAUUUCAUGUAGGUUAUAUUUGUGCAUCUGCUGCUGCUGUGGA